AUUAUACACCACAAACAGUCAAUCAUACAUUAGACAUGGCAUCAAAUGGGGAUUUGGAUCUAACUGAAAUUAGAGGCUUGCGUGGAUCACCUGGAUAUUUCAAAAAGGGAAAAUUGUUAUCUAUAGAUGAGGUGUCUGCGUGUUUGGAAUUCAAGGAACAUUUAAAUGACGCACGUGAGAACAUGAAAUUUUACAUUAGCAAUGUGAAGACAGAUCAGUUCUUUAAACUGAAUAUAGAGUUUCCAAUCACUAAACUGCGCCAUGUAACCACAGAAGAUUGCAUGCGCUGUAUUGUACAGGAGCAAUACAUAGGAAUAGGAAACAAUAUAAAGCCUGAACCAUUGAAAGACCUUUCCUGUUGGAGUGCAGAAUUUCCUCCGAAAGAAGAGCUUCCUUAUGAGCAGGCUUUUGAGAAGGUACAACGUAUUGUGCCAACAUGGGAUGCAGAGCCUUUCCAAGAAGAAAUAAAAGAUCAGUUUGCGUCCUCCCCAGCAUUCGAUAAUUCUUCCUCUCGUUAUGGAAACUUUGUGUUCUCCUUCCCACUGUCUGACCUGCUCAAGGCCUACAAAUCCCAGCACUGCCAGAAUGGAGACCCUCAGCUCAAGGUCCUGGGUACUGCGAUGUACAGUCAGGAGAUUGCUCACAUGGUUAUUGUCCACAGUCCUGAUACUGACCGGUACGAUAAACUCCCAAUGGUGCAAACUGUUUCCAGCACUGCCGAGUCCCUGCCUUUUUUCUACAGGAAAGAGGAAGAUGGGGAACUGUACUGGAGACCAGAAUCGACCUCAGGGGGUUUGAGGGUGACGAUUUCUGAAGGAGGUGAGAUUUACACGUGCCCCUUGAAUAAAACACGUACGGGGAAAUUUUGUGUGUGGAACCAUCUCAUUGUAGCUUUUCACCUACCUGAUAGUAAGUACCUUGUGAUCCCUGAAAAGCAGCUUCUGGAGAAUCUGUCUGCCUGUGAGCCUGCAAUGCCCUAUCUGAAAGAUCCACGUACAAACUUAUCUAAGGCUGAAGCAGAAGAAAUCAUAAAAGAACUGAAGAACAGCCAGUAAAGAAUGAAGUGACUCUCUUGUGCCAUAAUGUGUACUGUAAAACAGUGUUCCCCAACCCAGAUCCUCCCGGACCACCAACGGUCCAGGAUUUAUGUAUUUCCCUUUUUUUAUUCCAAUGGAGAUGCUGACAAAACCUGGACUGUUGGUGGUCCAUGAGGACUGGGUUGGGGACCACUGCUGUAAAGUUUACCAUGUGCUACGUAUAUACAGUCACACAUAGAAUUACUGUCGCUGUUAUUAAUAUAAUGCACGCCUCCAAGCUAGCAUUCUCUCUAAGAAUAUUAUUAUGAUACUUAUCGAGAAAGGAAUUUAACCUGAAGGUUGUUUGGAAUUGCUUUAGCAGGGUGAGAUACGUUGUUCAAUGUCUCUGCAUUGUGAAACACUCUUGGAGGGAAUAUCAAGCCAAAUUUAGUGUGCUUUUUAAACUAGGAUUAGACAUUCUCAGCUUUAGAAGAUACAAAAAUAUAUAAUUCAUUAAUACAUUCAUUCAAUCAUUGCAUUCAGUUUUAUUAUAUAACAUAAUAUCCCCACUAGAUACGCAAAAUCACAAAACCUACUAAAAGGUGUGUCCUCAGUACAUCGAGAAUAAGUGAAACAAAUAAAGAAGAGUAGGUGUGAACAAUAUAUAAAAAAGCAAUACCACCAAGGUAUCAACACUAGGACAAUGGCCAGAUGAAUCUAUAGGGAAGAACAAACUGAAAAAAGUGUAAUCAUGUAACAAAUAUGUAGACAUGCAACGAUAAUGCUAAAAACUCACAAAAGUUCAGAAAUAUUCAGGCUCAUCAUCUUCCCAUAUUGGUGUGAUAGACAUAAGUGUUCCAAUUAGCUAGAGGUCUUCUUGUGCUUAAAAAUAGCAAACAACAUGCAGAUAGUGCAGAUGGUAAUAUUCACAAUAGAUUUAUUGAAAAUGCACUUACAAGAUAGUAGAUAAAAUAAAGCAUCUCUCCAUAUUAUGGAGAGAUGCUUUAUUUUAUCUACUAUCUUGUAAGUGCAUUUUCAAUAAAUCUAUUGGAUACCACUCAAUAGAUGGGUGAAGCUUCAGAGUGAACACAAAUCUUAGAGAUGAUAGAACCUAUAAAAGAGGUAUAUAACUUGAAUAAAAACAAACAGAAAAAAAAACGGUAUACAAAAAUUCCUUGAAGGGUGUAAAUCCGACGCGUUUCAUCUUCUAGACUUCCUCAGGGAUGAGAAACAUGCUACGUAAAUUUCUCAUUUAAGGCCAGAGUAGGCGAACUGAAAGUGUAGCUGACUUAGAGAAUUUUUCCAGUUUGUUUAAUUUUAUCUUAAAUUUGAAAUUCACUUUGAAUUCACACUUUGAUUACUCUUCAAAUGAAGAUAAAACAAUUGUCUGACAUUAGAGGUGAAUAUCGUUUUCCCAGUUUGAGCACAGUGGAGGCCAGACCAAGUUUAAGCAAUCUGCUAUUUAUUAAAUUAAAAGUGAUGUGACUGACAUGUAAUACGGUGUGAGCACUGCAUUCCGUAAAUCGUGGCUCUGUUUAUUGAUUUGGGAACCACGAGCACACUGGAUUCUUUGUGGAUUUUCAAUUUCUGAGUUAAAGAAAUGUCACAGGAGUCGAUUACCGCAGCUUCCAAACAAUGUGACACAAUGAGCACAGAUUGAUCCAACUAUGUGUCUUUACUGUGUUUGGUGCAUUGCAACUGCUAAAGGAGGUAGAGAGAGACCGAAUAAGAUUGUUUGUACCAGCAGAACGAGUAAUAACGUAAAAUGUAUAUGGUAAAAACACUAAUAAAUAAAAGAAAUAACAGAGGGAAAAAUAAUCGUAGGAUUCACGUUUUACAUCUCAGAAACAUUUUAAAAUGUUUGUAUGGUUAUACAUUUGAGUAAAAAUAGGUUAAUUUGAGCUACCAGGUCAGUCAGCUUCGAGAAUCUCCUCUAUUACUCUGAGAAUCAGCAUUGCCUUGUAUGAUAAAACAAAUAUUUCUUAUAUCACAGAGUAUGUUUUGUUUUCUUAAUUAAACUUAUACUCAUAUAACGUUAAUUUGGAUUAUUACCUAUAGUGGAAUUACUGGAUCAUUAUGUGAUUAUGCAGAAACAACAUAUUCAUUGAUUAUAGGAUAAUUAGAAUAAUCAGCUUACUUAGUGUAAUGUAUUAGUAUUAAUCAAUACCUAGUCUAUAUCAGGGAUCUCAUCUAUAAGCUAUUCAGAACUUCCACUUGCUCUCUAUGAAUGGACUGAAUAAAUGAUUGGCAUUGGGAGGUUACUUACUUUUCUGAUAUGCAUAUUUUAUUAAUUACAUUGCUUUAUGGGU